CAUCAGCGCGGUGGGGCGGGGCGACGGUGAGAUGGAUGGCUCUGGCUGCGCGGGGUCCGCCGGGAAGGGGACGAUGAUGGGGAGGGGCUGGUGUUACGCAAGCCCAAUGAGAUCGCGAGGCCCGAAGAUUGGCAUGUCAAUUGUCCAAUGAGAAUGCGCGAGAGGUGGUGCCGGCGGCGGGCAGGGGGCGGUGCGCCCGCUAAAAGGCGUCCCCGGGGGAGCCGCGGGCGGGGGGCUAAUCGGGGGGGAGAGAAGAUGGCGGCGGCAGCCGAGGCCACGAACUGCAUCAUGGAGAGUUUUGUGGCCACCUUGGCUAAUGGGAUGAGCCUCCAGCCUCCACUUGAAGAAGUGUCCUGCGCCCAGCCUGAGAGUGGGGAGAAGCCCAACGCCGAGGACAUGACGUCCAAGGACUACUACUUCGACUCCUACGCCCACUUUGGCAUCCAUGAGGAGAUGCUCAAGGACGAGGUGCGGACGCUCACGUAUCGAAACUCCAUGUUCCACAACCGGCACCUGUUCAAGGACAAGGUGGUGCUGGACGUGGGCUCGGGCACGGGCAUCCUCUGCAUGUUUGCGGCCAAGGCCGGGGCCCGGAAGGUCAUCGGGAUCGAGUGCUCCAGCAUCUCUGACUACGCCGUCAAGAUCGUCAAGGCCAACAAGCUGGACCAUGUGGUAACCAUCAUCAAGGGCAAAGUGGAGGAGGUGGAGCUGCCUGUGGACAAAGUGGACGUGAUCAUCAGCGAGUGGAUGGGCUACUGCCUGUUCUACGAGUCUAUGCUCAACACCGUCCUGCACGCCCGGGACAAGUGGCUGGCCCCCGACGGGCUCAUCUUCCCUGACCGGGCCACUCUCUAUGUGACAGCCAUCGAGGACCGGCAGUACAAGGACUACAAGAUCCACUGGUGGGAGAACGUCUAUGGCUUUGACAUGUCCUGCAUCAAGGACGUGGCCAUCAAGGAGCCGCUCGUGGACGUGGUUGACCCCAAGCAGCUGGUGACCAACGCCUGUCUCAUCAAGGAGGUGGACAUCUACACGGUGCGGGUGGAUGACCUGACCUUCACGUCGCCCUUCUGCCUGCAAGUGAAGAGGAACGACUACGUGCACGCGCUGGUCGCCUACUUCAACAUCGAGUUCACGCGCUGCCACAAGCGCACGGGCUUCUCUACCAGCCCCGAGUCCCCGUACACACACUGGAAGCAGACGGUCUUCUACAUGGAGGACUACCUCACGGUGAAGACGGGCGAGGAGAUCUUCGGCACCAUCGGCAUGCGGCCCAAUGCCAAGAACAACCGCGACCUCGACUUCACCAUCGACCUCGACUUCAAGGGGCAGCUGUGUGAGCUCUCGUGCUCCACCGACUACAGGAUGCGCUGAGCCGGCCCAGUGGGGCUCCCCAGGCCCGCCCGUCCGUCCCCCCACCCCCAGGCCUCUCCGGUCGGAGGCCCCAGCCCCUCCCCUCCUCUGUCCUCCACCCCCAAGGCUGGCUCCCUGCCCCCGGGUGAGGGAGAGGGCCGGGCGACAUCGUGACUGUGUUUUUCAUAACUUAUGUUUUUAUAUGGUUGCAUUCAUGACAAUAAACCGUCAGCUGGG